UCAAAUCCGUAAUGAAGGUCAAAAUUCCUUUAGAUAGCUACUUCUUCACCAUAUUUGUCCCCUCCUUCUGACGCCCAACUGCCCUAACAAACCGUCGGAUCCCUUCUAACACAACCUCCAAAUCCAUCCAUGGCGGAACAAUUUCCACCGUUCAUCCAUCUGUAGUCCGUUCUCAUCAACCGGUUUCUCAGAUCUGUGAACCUUUGUUUCUGUUUACUAUUUAUAAUGGCUACGAUAUCUUCAAGCCCGCGCACCGUCGAGGAGAUCUUCAAGGAUUACAGUGCUCGACGCUCUGGUAUCGUACGAGCUCUCACUUACGAUGUCGAUGAAUUUUACUCAACUUGCGAUCCAGAGAAGGAGAAUUUAUGUUUAUAUGGGCAUCCGAAUGAGACGUGGGAAGUAACACUGCCAGCAGAGGAAGUCCCUCCUGAGCUUCCAGAACCUGCAUUGGGGAUUAAUUUUGCCAGAGAUGGGAUGCACAGAAGAGACUGGCUGUCUUUGAUUGCUGUGCAUACAGAUUCUUGGUUGCUAGCUGUUGCUUUCUACUUUGGUGCCCGCCUUAAUAGGAAUGAGAGGAAGCGUCUAUUCAGCCUGAUAAACGAUCUGCCGACUGUGUUUGAAGUUGUAACAGAACGAAAGCCCAUCAAGGACAAACCGAACAUGGAUGGUGGUAACAAAUCCAAGACCAGCACAAAGCGGUCAAGUGACGGGCAAGUAAAAAGCACUCCAAGGCCUUAUGACGAGAGUUACGUGGAAGAUGAAGAGGAGCAUGGAGAAACCCUUUGUGGGAGCUGUGGUGGGAAUUACAGCGGUGACGAGUUCUGGAUUGGGUGCGACAUAUGCGAAAGGUGGUAUCAUGGCAAGUGUGUGAAAAUCACACCUGCGAAAGCCGAAAGUAUCAAACAGUACAAAUGUCCAUCGUGCAGCGCAAAGAAGGUUCGGCCAUAAUAUGCCAAAAUCUCUUUAACCCGUAAGACGUUUUCCCCUGAAAGUUCUAUAAUAUUUAUAAUGGUAGUGAGUAGUGAUAGGUGGAGGAAUUGAUGCUGAUAUAUGUAGUGAUUUAGUUUGGGGUGGAUAGGGUUAUUAUAAGCUCAAUGUUUCGAUUCUGGCAUAGAUUGCUUACCUUUUAUAUUGUAUGUUUGUUAGCUUGGUGGAAUCAUAGACGUACUUUUCAACU